AACGCCACCAUCGCUGUCAUGAGCUACAGCGGCUACGACAUCGAAGACGCCCUCAUCAUCAACAAAGCGUCGAUCGACAGAGGCUUCGGUCGCGUUUGGUGUACAAGAACUCCAAGUGCAUGAUGAAGCGCUACGCCAACCAGACUUUUGACCGCAUCCAGGGUCCGCUCAUCGACAGUACGACCGGUGCGUCGAUGUGGAAGCACGGAGUCCUAGACGCUGACGGAAUCGUGGCACCAGGAGAACUAGUCGAAAAUAAACAAGUCCUAGUGAACAAAUCAGUCCCCACGGUUUCUUCUGUCCCAGGGAGUCAGUCGACGUCCGUGGAGUACAAAGACACACCGAUUUGUUAUAGGAACAACGAACCCAGCUAUAUAGAGCAGGUUCUAGUGAGCAAUAAUGAAGAGGACACUACGAUUAUCAAGAUUUUGUUGAGGCAGACGCGAAGAUCCGAAAUUGGGGACAAGUUUAGUUCGAGGCAUGUGCAGAAAGGGGUUGUAGGGUUGGUGGUGGACCAGGAGGAUUUGCCUUUCAAUGAAUACGGGAUUUGUUCUGUUAUUAUAAUAAACCCUCAUGGAUAUCCGUCUAGAAUGACGGUAGGAAAGUUGAUUGAGUUGCUUUCCGGGAAAGCAGGCGUGGUGGAAGGUAAGUUCCACUAUGGGACGGCUUUUGGUGGGUCGAAGGUGGAAGAUGUCUGUGAGGAGUUGGCCAAAAACGGGAUUAACUAUCAAGGGAAGGAUUUUUUCUAUUCGGGGAUUACGGGCGAGCCCCUGGAAGCCUACAUCUACUCAGGGCCUGUCUACUACCAGAAGCUGAAACAUAUGGUUCAGGAUAAAAUUCACGCCCGAGGGAGAGGUCCAAGAGCUGUUUUGACGCGGCAACCCACUGAAGGAAGAAGUAGAGAUGGAGGGCUUCAGCUUGGCGAGAUGGAGCGGGACUGUUUUAUAGGUUAUGGCGCAAGUAUGAUGCUGGUGGAGCGACUGAUGGUUUCGAAUGACCAGUGUUCAGCCAAAGUGUCCAGUAUUAAUAUGCCUUACACUUGCAAACUACCCUUGACGGAACUACAAGCCAUGAACAUCACGGCGAGGCUAACUCUUAAUCAUUACUGUGAAUGA